AUGAGCUGCGCGUCUAAGGCGUCCGGUGUUGCCGGAAGUAUGGCGGCGGCUGUGUGAGGGGGGACGGUGAGGAGGCAUGGCGGCGUCCGGAGGCCGCAACGGAGAUGUCAUACACCUCAAUGUAGGGGGGAAGAGGUUCAGCACUUCCAGACAGACUUUGACAUGGGUUUCAGACUCCUUCUUUUCCAGCCUUCUCAGUGGCCGCAUUUCCUCCCUAAAAGAUGAAACUGGUGCGUUCUUUAUUGACAGAGACCCUACAGUGUUUGCUCCAAUAUUGAACUUCUUACGGACCAAAGAGCUAGAUACCAGAGGUGUAAACAGUCCCCUACUUCUACAUGAAGCAGAAUUUUAUGGAAUAACCCCACUAGUGAGACGGCUACAACUAUGUGAAGAGUUGGAGCGCUCCUCAUGUGGGAGCGUACUAUUCAAUGGAUACCUCCCGCCUCCCGUCUUCCCAGCUAAGAGGAGGAAUCGGCACAGCGUGUCUGGACUGCAGGUCAGCUCUAGAAGUGCUGUGAAUGAGCGGGCACCUGUUCGGAGAAGUAACACUAUGCCCCCCAAUUUGGGUGGAGCUGGUAUACUUGGGCGCUUGUUAGAAGAAAGGAGUUAUGGAAACGGAGGGCUGUCUGGAGACCCGGGCAUGGUUCGAAUCAUUUGUGGACACCAUAACUGGAUUGCUGUGGCUUUUGCUCAGUUCAUAGUCUGUUACAGAAUGAAAGAGACGUCUGGAUGGCAGCUGAUUUUCACCAGCCCUUGUCUGGAUUGGGUGAUUGAGCGGGUAGCUCUUAAUGCCAAGACCAUUGGAGGGUCCCUGGGAGACAAUGAUAAAAUGCUCGCUGUCUCUUCCUGCAGUGAGAUCAUCUUGUGGGCGAUCACUGGUGAUGGCACAGGCAGUGAAAUAGGGGUUUUUAGUCUUGGGGUUCCAGCGGAAGCCUUGUUUUUUGUAGGAAAUCAGCUAAUAGCCACAAGCCACACUGGCAAGAUAGGAGUGUGGAACGCAGUGACCAAACACUGGCAGAUCCAGGAUGUAGUACCCAUAAACAGCUAUGACACCGCUGGAUCCUUCCUUCUGCUUGGGUGUAACAAUGGAUCUGUCUACUAUGUAGAUGUCCAGAAGUUUCCUUUGCGCAUGAAGGACAAUGAUCUUCUUGUUACAGAGCUUUACCGUGAUCCCACAGAGGACGCCAUCACUGCCCUCAGUGUCUAUCUCACACCUAAGACUAGUGACAGUGGUAAUUGGAUUGAAAUUGCAUAUGGCACAAGUUCUGGAGUUGUCAGAGUUAUAGUUCAGCAUCCAGAGACUGUUGGGUCGGGACCUCAACUAUUCCAGACCUUUACAGUCCACCGAAGCCCAGUCACUAAAAUCAUGCUGUCAGAGCGACACCUCAUAUCAGUUUGUGCAGACAACAAUCAUGUGCGCACAUGGACGGUCACUCGCUUCCGUGGUAUGAUUUCUACCCAACCUGGAUCCACUCCUUUGGCAUCUUUCAAAAUCCUUUCUCUAGAAGAUAUUGAUGGUCAUGCUGGCUGCAGUGCAGGAAAUGAUAUUGGUCCCUUUGGAGAGCGAGAUGACCAGCAGGUUUUCAUUCAACGUGUCGUUCCCGAUUCCAACAUUGUCUAUGUCCGUCUGUCUUCCACUGGAAAAAGGAUCUGUGAGGUGCGUUCUGUGGAUGGUACUCCUAUUACUUCCUUUACUGUUCAUGAGUGUGAAGGAUCUAGUCGCAUAGGCUCCCGUCCAAGACGAUACCUGUUCACUGGACAUGCCAGUGGUUGCCUCCAGAUGUGGGAUCUUACCACUGCUAUGGAGGUGGCAAAUAAGGGAGAUGGUAGAGAGCUGGGUGGUCUUACUCAGGAAGAAUUGCUGGAACAGCUGGAGCAGUGUGAUUUGGCUCUGACUCGGACUCCGGAAAUGAGCCCCGCCACAUCCUUCUCUCACACUGUGAACCCCCGUGCAUCAAUAUCAAGCUUACAGUCCCAGUUUAGUGACAGCACACGUGAUCGAUUUUCCAGGCUCACGGUGACCUCUUCACAUCGCCCUCAUGCCGCGUCAGCUCGCCCCUCUGAAGCCUGGGCGUCUCUGUGCAGCUUGCAGCCGCACAUAUCAGGAAGCUUUAAUUCGUUGCACAAGUCGGACACGCUGCCUCGUUCUAGCGCAAAACCCAAUAAAGCUCAGAACAACCAGCUGAAAGUUGGUCAGGGCUCUAAUCCACCUUCUCCUCAUAUCAGUGGCAAUUUUGUGGAGCGCUGCCAAGAGCUCGCCCGUUUCACCGAGUCCCAUCAGCCUGACUCCCGUCGAUCUAGCAUUGAUGUGACUGCCAACAGAGCCAAACCAUCAUGGAGCUCUGCGCCUGUAAGACGACCAGCCUCACCGGCCCCUCAGCAGCCGUCGCCUCUUUGCAUCGCCCCGUCGCCACCUUCUCAAUCCUCUGCAGCAGCGUUUGAUAUUCCCACACCUUCACCUUCACCAUCCCCACCUAAACCCCCUCCAAAGCCCAGGCUGAAUGAGACUUCUUUCUGACCUAUGCAUUGCAAUUAAAGGGGUACUCCGGUGAAAAUUUUUUAAACAGAUUUGUAAAUUACUUCUAUUUAAAAAUCUUAAUCCUUCCAGUACUUAUCAGCUACUGAAUACUACAGAGAAAGUUGUUUCUGUUCUUUCCAGUCUGACCACAGUGCUCUCUGCUGACACCUCUUUCUGUAUCUGAAACUGUCCAGAGUGGGAGCAGAUUUAAACAGAUUUGUAAAUUACUUCUAUUUAAAAAUCUUAAUCCUUCCAGUACUUAUCAGAUGCUGAAUACUACAGAGAAAGUUGUGUAGUUCUUUCCAGUCUGACAACAGUGCUCUCAGACUAUAUGGGUACGUUCACACUACGGAAUUGCUGUGGAAUUUCCGGGCGGAAUUCCGCGGGCGCAAUUCCGCGGUGUGAACUUUAACAUUAGUGUGAACGGGUCUCCGUGAGACCCGUUCAUACUGCGGAAUUUCAGCGGCGGACAUUUCCGCCGCUGAAAGUGUUCCGCGCAAAGAAAAUGUUCAUUCUUUGUGCGGAAUCCGCGAGCGGACCAUUGCAGUCAAUGUUGACGUCUCAGUGCCCCUCAACCCUAGCCCCAAAGUAUUCGGCCAGGCGGAAUCUCCGCUCGCUGAUUUCAGCGAGCGGAGAUUCCGCAGUGUGAACGAGCCCUAUCAGGAACUGUCCAGAGUAAGAGCAAAUCCCCAUAGCAAACCAAUCCUGCUCUGGACAGUUCCUGACAUGGACAGAGGUGUCAGCAGAGAGCACUGUGGGCAGACAGAAAGGAAAUUAAAAAAGAAAAGAACUUCCUGUGGAGCAUACAGCAGCUAAGUACUGGAAGGGUUAAGAUUGUUAAAUAGAAGUAAUUUACAAAUCUGUUUAAUUUUCUAACACCAGUUGAUUUAAAAAAUAAAAAAUAAAAGUUUUUCACCGGAGUACCCCUUUAAGAAGCAACAAUGGAAAGGUGCAGUACAUACUGCCAGCUAUCCUAUUGUCCCAGAGAAUAUUGAAAGUAUUAAGUGUAUUCAUUGGCGGCUGGCUGGGAAUUCUGUUGCCUUUUCCACAUUAUUCUCCAGUUUUUAAAGAGUUGAACUCUAUAUUCUUUUCCUUUGCUCAUUUUACUAUUGUUUUUUAAUAGCAGAAGCGGCAGCAAUACUGAAUCAAUCCCCCCCGUUCACAACUUUGGAUUCUGAUUUGUGCCUUACUGGAACAGUGAGCCUGAGUGGCAUUACUCAUUGGUGCCUUCUCCAAGUGCCAUCCUGGUUGUGGGCAUUAUACCAGCGUAUCUGAUCCGGGAGCACUGAAUGUCAUAUUGUGUCCCUCUCCAGGUAGGAUAGGAUACAGAACACAUUGAAUCAGUCACUGUGAACAACACAAACAGAAUAACUUUAUUUUCUUAUUAUUGUCUCAUAUCACUACAUAGUUCAGCUCACAUAUUUAUAUAUUGGUAUUACAUUAGUAUUCUGCCUAUAGGUAUUACUUGUUCAUACUCUUGGGAUCAUGCCACUAUCACUGUAACCUUGCUUAUAAGGAUUGUACCUCUGAAAUGGGCAUUGUGACUUCACGGGCAGUAACUUUCUUUGUGUCUUAGCUGUUUGCCAUUUUUUGGGGUUUGGAUGUAUAAGAGGUUGUCCAGGGUGUAAAAAUAAAAGGAUAAUGAAAUAAAUCGUUCCACUCUUGUCCAUGGGUCAUUGUGAAUGGUCUGAACUACAAUACCACAUACAGCUAUGGAUAAGAGUGGUGCUGUUAAAGGGGUAUUCCAGGAAAAAACUUAUAUAUGUGUGUGUGUAUAUAUAUAAUAUAUUAAUUAUAAAUCAACUGGCUCCAGAAAGUUAAACAGAUUUGUA